AUAAAGGGGCACGAGUUGACACCUUUGACCACCAGACAUAAAGGUUAUCACAACGUUCAAAUGUACAAAACGGCCAAUUCUUCUCUAUAUUUCCGGAGGCCAGCUUAUGCCAGUAAGUAAUUUCCAGAAAUGCGAUAAAAUGGGGGGCGUGUUUUCUCCCGACCGUUGCAACCAAGCGAAAUUCAAAUUUCCGAACCCUCCAUGACCGUUGCGUCCAUCUCCCCUCAAAACGAGUAAUAGUGCCAAUCUCCUCCUCUCCCCCCCCCCCCCGGGCACCCCAUUUCUCCCUCGAAGAAGAACAAGUUUCGAGAAUGGUCUCCAAAACCCCCACGAAAUUCUCCGAGUCCACCACCCCCAAAUCCGCCCGCCGCCGCCUCCGCAAGAAGCCCUCCCCCCUGAAGUCCCUCAUCGCCACCCCCUCGGCCGUGGCCGCGUCGAUCGACCGCUCCCUCCGCUCCUGCCGCCGCCGCCUCAUCAAGAUCUUCUCCUGCUUGGGCAUCCUUGGAACCCCCAAAUCCCGCAAGCACGGCUUCCGCCGCCUAAAGACCGUCCCCCACGACGACCCGACACCUCCCGCCGCCCCUAUACCCCUUCCCCCGCCCUCCUGCCCGGGAAGAAAGACGGUCAUUCUGGACCUCGACGAGACCCUGGUCCAUGCCAAGACCGACCCCCCUCCCGAGAGGUACGACUUCACCGUCCACCCCGUAAUCGAUGGCCAGGUCCUCACCUUCUACGUUUUGAAGCGCCCGGGGGUUGACGAGCUGCUCGAAGAGGCCGCCAAGGCCUUCGAGGUCGUCGUCUUCACCGCGGGGCUCAGGGAGUACGCCUCCCUCGUGCUCGACCACCUCGACCCCGGAGGGCAGAUCAUAUCCCACCGCCUGUACAGGGAUUCCUGCAAGGAAAUGGAGGGGAAGUUUGUGAAGGAUCUGUCGGUGAUGGGGAGAGAUUUGGAUCGGGUGGUCAUUGUGGAUGAUAACCCGAAUGCCUAUGCGUUCCACCCGGAGAAUGCAGUCCCGGUGGCCCCUUUCAUCAAUGAUCUUGGGGAUAGGGAGCUUCGGAAGGUGAUGAAGUUCUUGGAGGUCGCUCCUGUUUUCGAGGAUACGCGGGAUGCCAUCUUACACAUCUCUCAGAUAGUGGGAAUCAGAAAUCCCAGAUUUGAGUUGGGUCUUCUUCACUUCUGCUUCAUGAUAUUUACGGAUUGAUUGACUUCAAGAUAGCGGGCACCGAGUUAUCAUCGAAAAGGGGUUCUUGGAGUAGCUGGAAGCCAAGAAUUUCCUCCAGAAAAGAGGAGAUCGUAGCGGUCUUCAGGAUCCUCCUGAAUGUCUUGCUCCAUCUGAGGUGGAAUGCUGAUGCAGGCUAUGGAUUCUCUGUGAUGGCAGUAAGGAAAAGUAGUUGCAUCUUAGAUUCUCUGACAUCGUAAAUUUUAUUGUUAUCAAAGUUUAAUUCUUUCAAUUCUGAAAUUUAAGUUGCCUGAUAGGCCCGUUCGUGACAUUUGUAUUGACUAUUCUUUGGUCAUUCACCACCAUUCUAUA